AUGUUUUCUAACGAAACGAUUUCAACACCUUUAAAUAAUGGGUCACCAUUGAGUAUUCCAUCAACAAUAUCUAGUAUUGAGCCUCUUGGAUCACCAGCUAUUAAGAGUCAAAAUAUAUCAUUAUUAAAUGGUCAUUUUCGUUCGCCAAGUUUACAAGAAAUUUAUCUUUCUCGAAAUAAUACACCAGAUUUAUCGAUUGGAAAGAGAAAAUAUGUACCAUCUCAUCUUUCUCAGCUUCCAUACAGAAAAUCAUAUACACCAGACCGUUCUAGUCCGUUGGUAAGUCAGCCGUCAUUUACAGCAAGACCGUCUACAUCGAAUAUACGGAAAACAUCAACAUCACCACCUAAUUGGUUUGGUGGGCCUAGUUUUGGAACACCAAAAUCGAAUUCAAGAAGGGGAAAAGCAGGCCAUAAGAUUCAGGAAGAAGAAGCACCACCUGUUGAAUCGCUUUAUGAUGUGGAAGGAAAUAUUAUUCGGGAUAUAGAACCCAAUGAAGUUUCAGAAAAUAAAUUUAAUUCAACACCGGAAUCAAUUAGAGCUAAAGAACUACCCAAAUCUUCUAUACCAACAGCAGUAAUUUUGUUUGGGUUUCCGGCAACAUUAACAUCUCAUGUUAUUUCUCAUUUUUCAAGAUAUGGAGAGAUUUUGGAUCAUUCUUCUACAGAAAAUCCAAUAUCAACAGGCAGCAAUUGGCUUAAAAUAACUUAUGCUGACGAAGAAUCGGCAAGCAAAGCAGUCUCAUCAAAUGGAACCAUUAUAGGUGGAACAUAUAUGGUAGGGUGUAUAUUUGCACCAGUCGAAGAGCCAAAUACCAAAACAGACAAAGAUAUGGACAUGACAAUGGACCUAGAUGCUAAGACGCCGUCAUCUCAUUGUUCGAUUAAUCCGAGACAUUCAAUAACACAUAUAUCACAUCAAGAAUCCCCUAAUAUUGUACUUAGAACAUCAUCGAAUACAUAUAAAAGUAAUUCAUGCAAUGGUCGACGAAUAGAGGUACUGGGUUCAGAAGGAAUAUUUAAAGAAACACCAGAUAAGACUUAUUCAUGGAUAACUUGGUCAUCUAUCAAUAAGCCAACUACACAAGAACAUCAACAAACAGAAAAUAAAAGUCAGUGGACUAAAAAAUUAGUACGUGGCAUUAUGGAAUUACUUUUCGGUUUUUAG